CGAUAUUAAUGUUGACAAUAAACAAAAUUUAUCUCAUUUAUAAAUGCUAAGUACAAUGUCUGAUUGGGAGUUUGUGAGUCGUGAUUUGAAUUCAUAUGUCCAACCAGCCAGCAGCAUUGGUUACAGGUCAUCAAGUAGUUCAAGUUAUGAUUAUAACAAAAAUGAAAGUUUGGACCUAAAAUUUGGGGAUGAGGAUAUUGCAAAUCAAGAAAUAACAAAAAGACAUUGGAUAAAAAGUGAAGACAGGCAAUUCUGUUCUAACAGAAAUUGCAGUAAAAAGUUUACAUUGAUUGAGCGUCAGCACCAUUGUAGGAAGUGUGGUGAAGUGUUUUGUAAUGAGUGCGUCAAAUUUAGAAGAAAACUGAGUAAACUUGCUCAAUUUGAUCCCGAGGGGACACUUUAUAAGGUAUGCCAGACAUGUUUUGAAGAGGAUCGCAACAAUGAAGUUACUGUUAGGAGUCAGUUGAAAGCUUUUAAAGCAGCUAAACUGAAUAAAAAGCAAGAAUUGAGUGUCAUCCAGCGUGGCAAAUCAAGUUUACACAAGUCUAGGAGACAAAAUUUAGACUUAGCAAGUGAGUGUGACAGAUUACGGGAAGGUUUUAUGAAGAGUGUUGCAGCAUCAGAGGUGAAGAGAACUCUUCAUGAAGUGAAGGUUAUGAUAACCACGCCAGAUUGGCAAAAAUCAGCUAAUUGGAUGCAAGAGAGUAUAUCAGACAAGUGUCAGAGAUGUUCGACAGGAUUUAACAUACUGAAGAAGAAAUAUACGUGUAAACUCUGCAGCCAGGUUCUGUGUAAGGUGUGUAUACACAAGGAGCUUCUAGUCUAUAUACCAGAUGAUGUGAAUGAUAAUGUAAACACAGAAGCUAGAUUAGUGAUCAUCAAAGUAGUAGGGAGUCCUGAGGUUGAACCAGAGGUGUCUCUACUAUUACAUGUGUGUGCAUCUUGUAGACAGUAUGUUGUUGACCUUCAAGUGGACAAAGUCGAACAAGACUUAAGGUCAGAGGUCAAGGACAAGGCGGAAGGGGUCAUUUCAAAGUUGAUUGUUGUUGAUUUGUCUGUUACAAUACUACAAAAUAAAAUUACUGAUCACAUGACAAAGUACCAAGACAUUGUAGAAAGCCUGGAAAACAGUAGUAAAGCUUCAGGGGAUGGCAGUAAUACCAAGGUGCUAGCCAAAGCUCAGGAGGAUUUAUCAGACUAUUUUGCCACAAUGUCUUUAAAGAUUCCCACCAUAAAAAAACUUCAGGACGGUUGUGAAACAGACACACAAAGAAAACUUCUUAGGAACUAUAUGAAGGCAAAAAGUGAAUUCUACAUUGGUAAUGUAAAUACGUUCAGGAAAUUGAAAAGAAAGCUUGGUGAAGCUGCUCCGCCACAAGUGCUGGAAUAUAUACAGAAAAUUGUUGAUAAAAAUGCCAUAGUAAGUGCUCAGAUUUACAUCCGUCAACUGAUGUUUGAAUCAAUACAUCUAGGAGACAAAUACAAAUUGAAGGGACUAGUACCUGAGUUGCUCAAACCAUUAGAUGAUGCAAUAGAGAAAGAGACUGAACUGUGUUUAUUGUCUGAAGGGGAAGACUUGGACCAACAUCAAGUAAAUCUGAUGGAAAUCAUUAAAGUACAAAUGAAGGACCAUCGUGUGAUAAGAUUGUCAAAGAGAUGUUUGGAGUCCCAAGGUCAAGCACAUGCAGCAGAAGUGCUAAGGAAAAGAUUGAUAGAGAUACUUGAUCAAAUCAGUGUACAGCUCAACCUGAAAUCUGUAAACAGAAGUUUCCCAAAAACAAAAUCUGAGCUAGAAACUGCGUGUGAAGCAGCAAAACAAUUAAAUGUUAGCAGGUUGUUAUGAUGAUUGACAGGAGAGACAAGUUAUUGUUUGGAAUAAUAAUUCUCAACAGAAUGUGAUAUAAAGCAGAUAAUGUGAUUUUAUAGCCCAUCUUUUUGAUAAAGAAAAAUGUGUGCUAAUGCUACAGUCUAUUUGUCAUUGCCGUUGCAAAUGCUAUUAUAAUCCAAAAACUUUUAUGUUGGUUGUAGUUUUUUGUUGUUUUUUUUCAUAUUUGCACACAACAACCCUUUAGACAAGACCUUAAAGUAGACCAGACUGAGCUUGACUUUGAGUCAUAAAUGACCUCGGCUUUGAAGGUCAUAUUUUUUCAUUUGCUUUAACUGGCUUUAACUUAAUUAUUUAUGAAUGGAUUGUCUUCAUACUGGGAUACAACAAUAUUAGGACAGGGCCCUCAAGAAGACCAAACUGGCCUUGUAUGCUUUUACCUUGACUUUAAAGCUACUCUCCCACACAAAGCUGGUCUAAAAACAUUAACAUAUUGUUUACAGUUAUUGAAUUUGCAUACAAGAAAAUUUUUUACAAGUUUCCAUGAGAUAAUUGUGACUUAAUGGUUGUUAUGUGUCACUUGACAAAGAUAUAAACACCCCUAUUAUCACUUCUGUUAACAUGUAGUGAGUAGGACAGCUUGAUGCAGGUAGAACUUGCUAUAUAAAUGACAGUUUUAACUGGAUUAUUAUGAUAUUUUCUUCUGUUUUGUCUCUUUUUAUGGACAAAAUUUUCUAUGAUAUAUUGUGCAGCAAUCGAUUGCAGGAUAAAAAACUUACCAAGCGCACAACUUUUACACCGGCAACCAACGGAUCUACUUGCAUCUAGUUAAUAAGUGUGUUUAUAAAUCAAAUCAGUAUUUACAAAAUAAAGCAUUGCAACGGUUUAAAAUUACAGCGUUAUAAACAUUGCAAAAACUUGUUUGUUUCAUCGGACAAGACGUAUAAUAAUCAUUUAGUUCCAUCUGUGGUGAACAUUUUUCUUUUAAUGACAUUUUAUUUCAAAAUCGCCAAAACUAAAAUGUGUUGGAUAGUAGUUUUAAGGGUAAAGUUAUUAAAAUUUUCUUGAUUUUUGCUAUAAUUAACUACAACUAUAAUGUAAGAAUGGAUUGUCUUCAUACUUGGAAAAAAAAAACUUGGUUAGAACCUCCAAGAAGAUUUUACUUGAUCUUUACUCAUGAAUGACCUUUAGGGAGGUAAACUAUUUGGAUGUGUUUUUUGGUAUUUUGUUGUUUUUUGGUUUUGUUCUGUAUUUUUCUUUUGCUAUAUUUGGCUAAAAAAAUUUAAUAAAUGACUGGAUUGUC